AUGCUUGCUUCAAUCGGUGCCAACAACCAUGGCUUCUCUAAGCAGCUCUCCUGUCGGCUCUAUCGGCAAACGGUUCGCCCACAAAUGGAAUAUAAACUGGCAAUUAUGCUUUUGACAAAAACCCAGACUAAAGUAUUGGAGCAAGCCCAAGAUUACUGUCUGAGGACCAUUUUCGGCGGAUCUAAAACUGCAUCAACAAAGGUAAUGAGGCAUCUAUUGAAGCUGCCCACAAUGCGUGAACGAAGUGAAAUUCUUCAAGUAAAAUUUGUACUGCAAGACACUCUUCUUACCCGAUUACUGCCUCGACUGCAAGACCUUACCGCUUCGCACUGGCACAAACUCUCGCCCACUCCUUUCUGCAAAUAUCUCCCUCAACCCCUCACACCAAUACCUCGAAAAGAUUCCCGAGCGUAUCAACAUCAGUACUUGGAAGCAAAUUUCACCCAUAUGCUUACCUUACCACAAACAAAAAUGCUCUCCCUCUGUCGCCCAUUCCUUUCCCUUGACCUUAUCCUAUGGCUGCCCAUGACCAACAUUGAACGGAGUCCUCUUAUACACUGGCGUCUCGGGUGGCUGCCUUGGGGCUCUCCUAAGCCGUAUUCCUGUGGUCAACACCUUUCGCAUUCCCAUGCUAUCAACUGCCUCAGUAUGCAUGUAAUUCUAAACCAACCUACAACUGUUUCCGAUCCUUUGUCUCGCCUUUUAAAUCGCUUGCCUACAACACCUCCUAAGAACAACCGCUCAAUACUUUACUGGAGUGUCAAAUGAACCUCAAUUCACGCACUUUUAUCACAAGUUGACACUAUAUAAUAUGCUAACAUAGAGCCGCUGAUCAUGACUCCAACCAAUCAAUUAUCGCCCUUCCUUCUAUGGUUACAAACAUAUGCCCACAAAAACAUUAGUCCAACACUCUCCUUUUACAAGCCUUUUUUGCCCUUGAUUCUCUAAGAGUUUUUUCAGUUUAAGUAGUCCUUCUUAUGAGAUGAUCGAGUACGAGCGUUUAAAGGCUAAAUUAGGUCAUGCGCUCAAAAGGACUAUUUAUAAAUAUUA